CAGUAUAUAUAAAAGGCAGAUUAAGAUGAAUCGAUAAAUCUAAGGUUCGAUCGAAGAAUCCGAAAGAGCAGCAACUUCGCAUAAAGCUGCAACGAUAGCGAACGAGUGGUCCUGCGCAAGUAGCGUAAUUAUAGAAAAUGGAAUAAGCGAGUAGUACAUUGGAUAUGGAUUGUGUAUCUAAUAUUUAAGUUUCUGUGAUACUCGUCAGUAUUAACUUAAUUGGGAACGUUAAUUGGAACAAAAUUAUUCAAAAAAAUAUUUAUAUUAUAUCGAGCGAUGUUAACAAUUUAGAAGAAUUUAGUGGAAAUUUUUCGAAGAGGAACGUCUAGAACGUAUAUAACGUAUAUAACGUUAUAUAUAUAUAUAUAUAUAUAUAUAUAUAUAUAUAUAUAUAUGUAAUAUAUAUAUAAAAGAGAGUUUACCUAUCGUAUAUCACCGUUUCCAAAUCCGUUCCGCGUUUGCGCCGCGUCAGGCGAACGUCAAUAAUGUCAAUAGAGUCAUAAAAGAAGGAGAGUUGAUAAAAAUAUGUGAUGUUGUAAAUACUAUUGAAAAAGAUAGAAACUCGCGUGAGAGUCCGUAAUCGCGUCUAGUGGUUUAGAUUAUGAAAAAGUCGACUAAAUAUUGGACGGGUGUGGGUAAUAUUUCGACAGUGUGUUUGUCGGAGGUGAAGAGGGACCGAGGAGACCUCCAGGAUAAUCUUCCAACAUUUUACAUGAAGGAGCAGGAUAUACCCGAAUAUCUGGAGGGCUGUGGUCUGACAACUUGCACGGCCGGCGACAUGCCCGAGGCCGUGGAGGUUUUACGAGAUAACAGGGAGCACUUGAAGGAGAAAAAAUUAUCUAGUGCUUCCAUAGCGGGACCUGAUACGAAAAAGACCGUAACUGUCAAACAUCCUGAGUCAAAUAAGCCUAAACCGACCACUAAGAAAGGAAAACCGAUUCAAGCUGACUUGGAUGUCUCGAAAGAAUUCGUAAGAUGCAAGGACGAAUGCGUUAAGCGCCUCGAUUUAAGUAAAUCAAGCAUCACUAAUCUACCGAGCACGGUUAGAGAUUUGACGCAUCUAGUUGAGUUCUAUCUUUACGGUAACAAAUUAGCAACUCUUCCGGCAGAAAUAGGUUGUCUUGCCAAUUUAGAGACUUUGGCAUUGAGCGAAAAUUCUCUUACGAGUCUACCGAGUACAUUGGAAAAUUUGAAAUCUUUAAAAGUCCUUGAUCUGAGGCAUAAUAAAUUGAACGAGAUACCUGAUGUUGUCUACAAGUUAACAUCUCUCACUACAUUGUUUUUACGCUUUAAUCGCGUCAGGUAUGUUAAUGAAAAUAUACGAAAUUUAACGAAUUUAACUAUGCUUAGUCUGAGAGAAAAUAAAAUCAAGGAACUUCCAGCCGGUAUUGGCAAACUUACUAACUUAAUAACAUUCGACGUAUCUCAUAAUCAUCUGGAACAUUUACCAGAAGAAAUAGGAAACUGUACCCAACUAUCUACGCUCGAUCUUCAGCAUAAUGAACUACUGGAUAUACCGGAUACAAUUGGAAAUUUGGUAUUGAUCACGAGAUUAGGUCUUCGAUAUAAUCGAUUGUCUAGUAUCCCAAAAUCAUUAGCAAACUGUAAAUUAAUGGAUGAAUUCAGUGUAGAAGGAAAUCAGGUCUCCCAACUGCCAGAUGGAUUGCUCUCGAGUCUUUCUGAUUUGAAGACAAUUACAUUGUCCAGAAAUGCAUUUACUGCAUAUCCGUCGGGAGGACCAUCUCAGUUUACAAAUGUCUACUCUAUCAAUCUUGAACAUAAUCAGAUUGAUAAAAUACCUUAUGGUAUUUUCUCGAGGGCUAAAAACCUAACAAAGCUGAACAUGAAAGAAAAUCAAUUGACUGCUUUACCUCUGGAUACUGGAACAUGGAUCAACAUGGUUGAAUUAAAUCUUGGCACAAAUCAGCUAACAAAAAUUCCAGAUGAUAUUCAAUGUCUUCAAAGUUUGGAGAUCUUAAUUCUAUCUAAUAAUUUAUUGAAACGUAUUCCUGCCAGCAUAGCAAAUUUACGUAAACUCAGGGUCCUAGAUCUUGAAGAAAAUAAAAUAGAGUCUCUUCCUAAUGAAAUUGGAUUUUUACGAGACUUACAAAAAUUAAUCUUGCAGUCAAACCAAGUAACUUCAUUACCACGAGCGAUUGGGCAUCUAACAAAUCUAACGCAUUUGAGCGUAGGAGAAAAUAAUCUUAAUUAUCUACCUGAAGAAAUUGGCACGUUAGAAAAUUUAGAUUCUCUCUAUGUUAAUGAUAAUGCUAAUUUACAUAAUUUACCUUUUGAACUAGCUUUAUGCACAAAUCUUAGUAUUAUGUCAAUCGAGAAUUGUCCUCUGUCACAAAUUCCUCCAGAGAUAGUUGCAGGAGGCCCAUCAUUGGUUAUUCAGUUUCUUAAAAUGCAAGGUCCUUAUCGAUCAAUGUAACAAAUCUAGCCUUCUGUAUAUCACAUAGAUGUCGAUUCUUAAUGCACGUGAUACAAAGUAUGAUAUUAUAAUGAUCUCACUUAAAUAACAACGUAUUAAUGUUACUGAUAUGCAUUGUAUAAAGUGAGCAAUAUUUUUAUUGUUGCAAAAUGGAUAAUACAUAUUUGUAAUGUUUUCAAUAUAAAGAGGAACAUAUACAUUUAAUAUGUAACUGGUGCUGAAUUGGAAGUUUAUUUUGCAAAUAAAUGAUGAGCUAUUUUAGAUACUACGAUAGCAUGAAUCACACUUAUAUAACAUUGUUAGUACAAAAAAUAUGUAAAAAUGUCUAAUCAUGAUAGAAUCCUGCAUAUAAGCUUUUAAGAAUAUAUGAAAUUCAAUUGCGUUUAUCCUUGAAGUAUUUCCUAUGUUAUGUGAUGUUUUAAAACAUAAUUGAAUGAUUUAAAGUCUAAUGAUAAGUAAAUUAACAGCUUCUUUUUAUUUUUAUUUAUUUAUCUUUGAUUAUGUUUAAGAGAGUUGGAAACAUAAUAUGGUAAUGCAUAAGAACAAAGUCUAUGCCUGUAAUUGUGCGAAAGCAAAAGGUUUAUAAUAUUAAUAUGUUAAAAAAGUAAAAAAGUUGGAUGCAUAAAUUUUAUCUUCCCAAAAUAUUAGAGAUAAUUUACUUCUGUUCUAAAUUUUUUUUGUUAUAUAUGCAAUAUUUGUGAGGCUGAAUAUUAAUAUGUUUGAUUAAAAUUUACAAAUUUGUAAUAUCAAAUGAAUGUUGAUUCUACUUUAUACUACAUGAUUAAAGAAAUAUUAAGAAUCGACAUCAAUGAUAUCACACUAUGUUUCUUAUAUUGUAUUGUUAUUUCAUUGAACACAAUUUUGCCAAUUGUAUACAUGUAUUACAAAUUUCUAGAGGUGUUUAAAUUUUUAUCACCAUAUACAUUAUAUUUACUUCUAACCAUUUUGUUCUUUUUGCGAAUACAAACAUAUUGUCAUUUUAUCAGGUAUAAAAUUAAACAUAAGAGAUUCAAGACAGAGGUAUUCUUCUGAUGACUAAAAGAGAUCUAUUUAUCUAAUUUAAGUAAAAUAUGCUAAACAGCACAUUAUUUUUUUAUUUUUGACAGUAUAAAUAUAUAUGCAGCUAUAGACAUAAGUAUACUGAUUCUAAAAAUAAGGAAAAUAAAAGUUGUAAUUACAAUUAUUAUUUCAUAUUUUAUGAAAGUUUUUAUUUGGUAACAAUUUUAUUGUAAGCUUUUAAAUCUUAAAUCUGUUUCUUUAAAUUUUAUGAAUAUUUGACAUACACAGUAUCUAUCUUUUAUUAUAUACAAAGCAUAAAAUUAUAAAUUGUAACAUUAUUUUAAUAAAUAUAAUAAAUAGUUGCUGAAAGCAUUUAGACUAGAAGUAACAUAUUUUAUGUAUUAUCAUGUAGUGUCAGUCAAGAGACAUUUAUAAUGAUAGUUUCAUUAAUUUUUAAUAUUGAAAGUAUUACAAAUUAUAAAUUGCUGAUUUUAUAUCGUUAAAGGGACUAGAGUAUUUAUUUUAAUACAUGCAUUUACACGCAUAUGUUAUGACAAGGUAUUAAAGAGAGUAUCAUUGAGGAACAUAUAUAGCAUUUUCAAAGUAUAAUAAAAAUCAUUUCAAUUCUUUUUAGUUAUUAUAAUAAUCAUUACAUGAUGUUCAGUCUAGAUUGUAAAAUUAAUAAUUACAAUACAUUAUCAUGACAAGGGUUAAUGCUGCCAAACAUAAACAUUUAAUAUAAUAAUAAAUAUUAAGUACACACGAGCAUAAAAUUGUAUUUUUCUUAUUGUUUACAAUAUUCUCUUGACUGUACACAGAGACAUAGUGCCAAUAUAAGUGUUAAGUAAUUGUAUACAAAUGUUCUUAUGAAUAUCCAUAUGUGCAUUAUAUUGUUAUUUACAGACAAAUAUAUUGUUAGCUCUUUGGCUGAUGUUAUAUAAAUAAGAUUAUAUUAAUAACACUAUAAUAUUCUUAUUUGUGUAGAUUUUAUCUUAAUUCUGAUAUUUGCAGAUUUCGUGUUGUACAAGAGUCAAAUUUAUGGUGUUUUGCUAUUUACACAUCAAAAAGCUUUUAUGAUUAACAUAUUGAACAUAUUACAUUUUAUGAUUUAUUAUCAACAUUAUUCUUCUUACAAUAGAUAAUAUAUGAGCAAUACAAUAAUAUUGCAUAGAAGUUCUCAUAACGAUACUGCUCAUCUUUAUAUGUGUAUCUUAAAUAUUAUUUUCUUUUUUUUUUUCUUUUUCUUCUAAUCUAAGAUUAUUCAUAACUUAAGUGUAAGACUUCAAUCGACCAAUAUAAUUUUAUUAAUAAAUUAAAAAUAUUAUUUAAUCAUUAACAUGCUUUAUAAAUAUGAUUCCGUGUACUCAUAAAUAUUAUUUUAGGCAACAUAUUACGUCCGUACACAUUAAAUUAUACAUUUGAUUGUAUUUCAACUUCAAAUUCUGUUGAAUAUAGCUAUUUACAUUUAUGUAAGUGCAUAGAUGUGUGGAAAGUAAAUAUAAUUCUAUUUGUUAUCUAUUGUCUGUGGAAGUAUAUGCAAAGCAUCGGACUCUUUCUGUAUUGUUUAAUAUUUAAUUUAGAAAAUAAAUAUGUGUGAAAUUAA